AUGUCCGCUGAGGAUAAUGUUGCUCACGUUACUAGAACAAGUUCAACUGCGCUUGAUGGUGUUGGUGCAAAUCCACUUGGUGAAGAUAAUGCUGCCCACGUUUCUCAAAAAGGUUCAACUGCACUUGAUGGCGUUGGUGCAAAUCCAGUUCCACUUGAUGAAUCCGCUGAAAAAACACAAUCACCUACUUCAGUUUCACCUACUACAGUUAAAGACACUGUAAGUGCGGCUAUUGGUAAAACUAUUGAGGUUGUCAAGUCGCCCCAACAAGCAGAUGCCCAAAUUGAUAAUGGUCCCAAAAUUGAAAAGCCUAGGUUUCAGAAUGUUGGAUUGGGAUGA